CUGCGCGCGCGUGUCACGUGGGCGCGUGUCGAAGGUCACGGCUCCCACAAUGGAGCUGUCGCCUUACGCUCAGGGUGGGUGGCGGUUGUUGGCCGACCCCCGCCGCUUCGCUCGCCGGUCUUACGGUGCUCUCCUGCGUGCCGCCUUCCGUAGCCUCCUCGAUCACUCCCAUGACGGGUUGGAUGAUCCAGACUUGAAAGAUAUUGACCCUACAGUAUUAAAACAUUCCCAUGCUGCAGCUGCAAUGUGUAUUCUGGAGGCAGGGAAGCAUAGAGCUGACAUAUCUGCUAUAAGCACAUGUCUCGAAGACUGUAAACUGGACAAAGAGAGAAUAGAACAAUUUUGCACCGAGUACCAGAAAAACAAGGAUGCAUUGGAAAUCCUCUUGGGAAGCAUAGGCAGGUCUCCUCUCCAUGUAACUGAUGUGUCCUGGCGCUUGGAGUAUCAGAUCAAGAACAAUCAACUUCAUAAAACUUACCAGCCUUCCUACUUGGUGACCUUAAACAUAGAGAACAGUGAUUCAGGAUCACACCCAGAUGUUAGUUUUAGUUGCACGAUGGAGCAAUUACAGGAUUUAGUUGGAAAGCUUAAAGAUGCUGCAAAAAGUCUAGAAAGAGCAACUCAGAUGUGAUGGAGGGAAAGUGUCAGCCUGCCAAGCCGGACUAGUCUCUUUCCUCAAUGUCUUCUAAAUGAUGAAAACUUCUGUGUUGCUUGGGAUGCUUUGGGUUUGUUGGGGGUUUUGUUUGGUUUGGGUUAUUUUUUUGUUCUGUGGAUUUGGGGUUUUUUUUAGUCCAUGGGUGCAAAUUAAGUGAAAUAACUUGUUAACCUUUUUUUUUUUUUUUUGCAACUGCACUUGAUACUCGUGCCUUUUUUUAAAUUCACUUUAGUUAAAUAUUUGCUUAACUGUUGUCUUUUUAAAGCAUCCCUUCCCUUUUCUGCUUUUUUAGAGUGAUCAUUGAUUAUUUUUUCCCCCUGGAAAUCUAAUAAAGUUUAUUUGCCUCUGUUCUGCAA